GUCCAUGGAGAACAAAAGCAAGAAGUCUGCUACCCAAUCCCAUCUACUGCUCCCCCAUCUCUCUUCCUGCUCGGCGGUGUACUUGUGGUGUCGACGAUGAGGCGCUCCAUGGCUCUGCUGGCGGCCGCGGCGGCGCUGCUGCUGCUGGUGUCGCUGGCGGCGGCGGCGGACAUGUCGAUCGUGUCGUAUGGGGAGCGCAGCGAGGAGGAGGUGCGGCGGAUGUACGCCGAGUGGAUGUCCGAGCACCGCAGGACGUACAACGCCAUCGGCGAGGAGGAGCGCCGCUUCGAGGUGUUCCGGGACAACCUCCGCUACAUCGACCAGCACAACGCCGCCGCCGACGCCGGGCUCCACUCCUUCCGCCUCGGCCUCAACCGCUUCGCCGACCUCACCAACGAGGAGUACCGCAGCACGUACCUCGGCGCCCGGACCAAGCCGGACCGGGAGCGGAAGCUCAGCGCCAGGUACCAGGCCGACGACAACGAGGAGCUGCCGGAGACCGUCGACUGGAGGAAGAAGGGCGCCGUUGCUGCCAUCAAGGACCAGGGCGGCUGUGGGAGCUGCUGGGCUUUCUCAGCAAUAGCAGCUGUUGAAGGCAUCAACCAGAUUGUUACAGGCGACAUGAUCCCUCUGUCCGAGCAAGAGCUUGUUGACUGUGACACUUCAUACAACGAGGGAUGCAAUGGCGGUCUGAUGGACUAUGCGUUUGAGUUCAUCAUUAACAAUGGUGGUAUCGACUCUGAGGAGGACUACCCCUACAAGGAGAGGGACAACCGUUGCGAUGCUAACAAGAAAAAUGCGAAGGUUGUUACCAUUGAUGGGUACGAGGAUGUGCCCGUGAACAGUGAGAAGAGUCUGCAGAAGGCAGUUGCAAACCAGCCCAUCAGUGUUGCGAUUGAGGCUGGUGGCAGGGCAUUCCAGCUCUACAAAUCGGGUAUCUUCACUGGAACCUGUGGAACAGCACUUGACCAUGGUGUCGCCGCCGUUGGUUAUGGUACAGAGAACGGCAAGGACUACUGGCUCGUCAGGAACUCCUGGGGUACCGUCUGGGGAGAGGAUGGUUACAUCCGGAUGGAGCGUAACAUCAAGGCAUCCAGUGGCAAAUGUGGUAUUGCCGUCGAGCCUUCCUACCCGACGAAGACGGGCGAGAACCCCCCUAACCCCGGCCCAACUCCACCAUCUCCCGCCCCACCGUCUUCUGUCUGUGACAGCUACAACGAGUGCCCCGCGAGCACGACCUGCUGCUGCAUCUACGAGUACGGCAAGGAGUGCUUCGCCUGGGGCUGUUGCCCACUCGAGGGUGCUACCUGCUGCGAUGAUCACUACAGCUGCUGCCCUCAUAACUAUCCCAUCUGCAACACCCAGCAGGGAACCUGCCUCGCGGCCAAGGACAGCCCACUGUCAGUGAAGGCUCAGAGGCGUACCCUGGCCAAGCCUAUCGGUGCUUUCUCUGGCAUUGCAACUGACGGCAAGAAGAGCAGCGCGUAAACAUUUGCAUCACGACAUUCGUACAGCCAACGGCCAUGGUGAUUAACUUCUGCAAAUUAUCACCUGGUGAUCCACGAUCGAAGGUGCAGCAUGGCGAUAGCUAUGCUCUCAAGUAUCUUCUUUAUAAUAGAUGCUCCUGUACAUAAUCCUAAAAUCGGGUUCGAUCGUUUACAGAACCACCAAAUUUGCUUUUGCAUAUGUAUAUGUAAAACUCAGCUCAUUCCCUCACAGUUUGGAGCUGCCAUUGUUAUUAUGGAAUUCAUCAAGAAACAUGAUAAGCAGAUUGCAGUAUUGAUGGAUAGUUCUCGUGUA